UUUCUAUUACUAUCCUUCUUAAUUCCGUAAUUAAUUCAAAUUAUAUCAUGCUAGAAAUGUAGCUGCAAGUUCUUACAGUGAAGUGCGUAGCAGCUUUGUAGGUCGUUGUUUUCUCGUACGUACGUCACUAAAUAAUGAUUUUUAAGGUGAAAUGAGUGGUAGAAAUAGUAAAAAAGGAAGAGCAGCCGCUCGAUAUCGAACUGGAAAGUCUAGACGAAAUUUCGAACGGACGUUUACGCAAAGGCAAUGCGAAUUGACAAUUGAAAGUAGCGACGGCGAUAGUUCUUCUUCUGGUUCAGAAGCAAAAUACUCACCGACGUUUCCUGUCGCUAUGUGGGACCUUAAGCAUUGCGAUCCAAGAAAGUGUUCUGGUCGAAAAUUAAGCCGUUUAGGUCUAAUGCAAAAUCUACGAUUGGGAGAAAAGUUUUCCGGUCUUGUGCUAACACCAGUAGGUAUUAAUUGUGUGAGCCCUUCAGAUCGAGAAAUAAUAGCCACUUCAGGAGUAGCUGUAAUUGAUUGUUCUUGGGCGAAGCUAGAUGAAACCCCAUUUACAAGAAUGCGUAGCCCUCAUCCCCGUUUACUACCUUUUUUGGUGGCAGCGAAUCCUAUUAAUUAUGGAAAACCUUGUAAAUUGAGCUGUGUUGAAGCGAUUGCCGCGACGCUUUUUAUAUGUGGCUUUCGGUUAGAAGCAAAUUGGUAUAUGAGCAAGUUUUCGUGGGGUCAUUCUUUUAUUGAACUCAAUGAAAUGUUACUUAAUAAAUAUGCAGCCUGCAGGACAAGUGCAGAAGUUCUGCAAGUACAACAUACUUACAUUGAAGAAGAAAGAAAGGCAAAGGACGAACCGAAAAAUUAUAGUGAAUUUUAUCCUAAAAGCAGCAACGAAGAAAUAAGCGAUGAUAAUAGUGGUAAAGAAAAUGACUGAAGGUUUUUACAGCUUGAACAUUAUUAAAAAAUAAAUUUCGUUUUAAUAUAUAAGUAUUUUAUUAUAUAUUGAAAAAUUACAUACA